AUGGGUUCGAGUGAUGGUACUUCUCUUUCCCCAACAGUUGUGUUGCGGGUGCAAUAUUCUCUGUACCUCUUCGUGGGAAUCGUUGCGACCAUGUUGUUGCGCGGCUUUCUUACACUGCUGAGCCAUCUCCCACUUAUUAAGAAAGGCUGUGAGUACGCUGGCAAAGGGGACGCAAACUUUUGUGUGGGUGAAGUUCUUGCCUAUCGCGUCAGUUUCUCUCUUUCUUUGUUCUUCUUCUUGCACCUUCUUUCUGUCUCGGACCUUACGUGUUGCAUCGACACCGAGUCACGUGUGGAGUUUCAGAGGCGGUUCUUCUUCGCCAAGACCAUAUUACUUGGCCUGUUAUUUCUUGCGACAAUGUGGGUACCAAAUACAUUCUUUGCAUAUUAUGCGUACACCUGCGUCUUUGCUUCAGGACUCUUCCUGCUAAUAAAUGUGGUGUUCCUCAUCGACUUUAGCUAUCAGUGGACUGAGGAGUGGGGGGAGAGGAUGGAGCAAAACAGCAAAUGGUUGUGGUAUCUGCUGAUAGUUGCCGUGCUGAGUUACAUAGCUGGCAUUGCAAUUGCUGCUAUGUCCUUUGUGGUGUUUGUCCCAAAUGUGAACUGCAAUUACAACGCUUUCGCGAUUUUGAGCGUGCUUAUCAGUGCUGUGGUUUACACGGUGCUGUCGAUUUAUUUACCGCAUGGUUCGAUAGUAUCAAGCGGAAUUGUCUUUGCCUACACGGCUGGUGUCAUGUUCGUUACACUCCGCAUGGGCGACGAUGCCAACUGUAACACAAUUGCUAUACCACCUAAUGAGGCCGGUUCAUUGAAGCAAAUAAUUAUUGGUAGUAUUGUGAGCGGUUUCACGCUUGUGUAUAGCGUUGUUUCCACAGGGGGUAGCAGCAAAGGGUUCGGUCAUGUUGGGGAUGAUGAUGUUGAGGAGGAUCCCGAGGAGAGCGGCCACCUCAGCAGUUACAUGUUUUUCUACACCGUAAUGAUGCUCGGUUCCAUGUACUUGGCGAUGCUUUCAACGGGUUGGCAUGUAAGUGGCAUGGGUGAGGACAAAAUGAAAAGCAGUAUUAACAUCGCCUACUGGGUGCGAAGCGGCACGGUAUGGUCAGCUGUACUGUUGUACUUGUGGUCGUUGCUGGCACCAUAUUACUGCUGCAGGGAUCGUGAUUUCGGUAUUGCUGUGGACGAUUGGUAA